AUGACAGAACUACGUCAUUUUCACAUGUCUAACUCCAAUACUGGCAAAGAAGACCUUGUCACCCAACGAAAAUGGGACGGACUUUUUGCCAGCUUUACAGAUGCCAUAAAUUAUGAAAAGAGAAAUUUGCAAAUAGCUCAAUUUCAAAAUUUAUUGAAGAAAAAGAAAGCUCAAGAAGAUAGCGUAUCACCCAUGUCAAGAGUGAAAAUUCAAGAUACUUUACAGACCUACCUUACGGAUGCAAUGAGCCGAAAAUUGACGAAAAUUACCUAUGAUAACCUCACACAGAUAAAUAAUUUCAAAAUUUGUAAAUCUUUUAAUUGGAAAUAUCAUCAAAGUGAUAUCCAAUCCACAGCAUCUGCCAAAUACCAUAUUCCUCAUGCUCUUGACGACUUUCAUUCCUUUGUGAUAUUUUUAUUUGAGAAAACCUGUUUUAUUAUUGGAGCAGAUGCUACCGUAUUAUUCGGCCAUAAAAAGCUUCUGUAUGAACUUAAAGACCAUGUAUUGAGUAGAAUUUAUAAUGCAUUAUUCACAAUCUAUAAGUUUUGCUAUCAAGAACAAGACAACAUGUAUAAAUUCAAAACACUUGCUCUCUCUACAAUUUCCAUGCGAGAAUUGGGUGUUAAGGAGGGUUUUAUUCCAACAGAUGAAAUUGUAUUAUUUGAAAAUCCGUAUGAUCAAUGUAUAAAGAAACUUAGAGAAAUUUCCACAGAAUAUACAACUGCUCAUCAAAAGUUGGAUGUGCUUGUGCAAGUUGGAAAAGAAUUAAUCACAGCUAUAGACUUUAUUGAAGAGAAAAAACGAGGUAAAAUUUCAGAUCGAGGUGCUGAUGACACGCUUCCUGUCUAUCUCUAUGUUUUCAUUCAAGCACAAAUUCCAAACGUGUAUAGUACAUUUAAGUUCUUAUUAGACUUUAUGGAUGAAAAAGCUCAAACUACAGAGCAAGGUUAUAGAUUUUCUGUUUUUGAAAAUGCAAUUCAAUACAUUCCAAUGAUAGACUCGUCGAUACGAGAUACCAAUGGCAUUCUAGUUCCAACCUUUGUGUUAGAGGAUCGACUAGAGAGCUGUGUAAAAAAGAUUAGAAAAGAAUCAAGAGAGGCAGGUGAUGUCCCGCGCCUAUUAUGGAUGAGCUCUUUAUUUAUUGUUGUUGGAAGCACGCUAUCUGAACAGUCACAAACUCACACAUGUGGCAAUACUACGGGAAUAUCAAAUGUUAUUCCAAUUACCCACAAGCAACAUAAGGAAUUAUUGAACAGAUAUCACAAACAUGCAGAGAGAAUUCUCAAAUGUAUUUCACUACAACUUGAAGUUCAAGAGCUGUCACCAUUGCCAACAACACCAACGGCAGAAACUCCUGUUUCUCCCAGAGAACAAGAAGAUUGGACUCCACUUCAAAAGAAAAUGUCAAAUGCAGAUUCAACCCCAAGGAUGGUCACAAAACAAUUUGUUAUAAUUGUAGAACAGGUGUAUCCAAGUCAUAUUUACUUUAAGCUUGCCAGAAAGCUUGAAGAAUUACUGGAAGAAAAUUAA